AUGUUCCGGCGCAGCGGCGGUGGCGGUGUCAGGGGCAAGACGGCGGCUGCGAGCACCAGCACGGGCACUGAGCUGCCCGUCGAUGGAGCUGUGCGGGUGACGAAAGUGGACAAGAUCCAGGCUUACAAUCUCGUCUCGAGGCCGUCGGUGCACCACGCCAUCGUGCCGGCGACGUCGGGGCCGGCGGAGAGCCUCGCCGUCAGUGUUGUCCGGGUGGUGGACGUCGUGGACGAAGCUGUGCGGGUGACCAAAGUGGACAGGAUCCAGGCUUACAAUCUCGUCUCCAGGCCGUCGGUGCACCACGCCAUCUCGCCGGCGACGUCAGGGCCGGCGGAGAGCCUGGCCGUGAGGGUAGUCCGGUUCGGGGACGUCGUGGACGAAGAAUCCGACGGCCUCAUCUCGGUGACCAUCACAUAG